GCGAGAGACCGCGGUUGUGUUGACGGCGCUGCAAGAUGAAGUUCCACAGGUAUCAAACAAGAUCCUCGUCGAUACCGAACUCUCAGGGCGAUGGAAAUUGAGACUUGUAUGCGGUGCUAUGUGACACCUCCUACUGCCGGCGUGCCGUGCGCUGGCUGAUGUUGACGCGGGAUGGGAGGGCUGAUCCGAGGGCUGCUGGAGGGCUGCUGGAGGCUCACGGGUGCAGGACGAACUAUCAAAGGCCCGAUAUACUCCAAGCCUGAAAAGGGGCGUGAAAAGGGCCACGGGAGGCCAUGGGGGCCACAAGGGCAUGUCCAGCAGCCUGCAGUUACGCUGGCCUGGACCUUCGGGCCUGCUGAAACGGCGUCCAUCGAGCUUCUCGGGCUUCGACCAUUCGAUUUGGCACCUUUCCUGUUCCUAUUCCUAUUCCUCGCGACUGGCGACUCGAACCGCCCGGAACACCCGUGGCAAAGGCAGCAGAUCCAGCAUGUCGAGGCCUGCGCCGGCCGGGGCGUUGGUGGCAGCUGGGGGCAUCCAGUAGGAGCGCUGCCUUUUUGUGCCCCCUCGGCUCCUCAGUGGGCAGACACUGUACGAAGUACAGAUAUAUUGCUGACCACUGACCAGCGUGCCAGCCUGCCCGUCAUUCGCACCGGCACCGUUAGCUGGCCGCCCCUGGUGCAGGCACUGCGAUUCGUCUGGUGGUCGGUGGUCUCUGCCCUGCCGGACCGUGAAGUAUUGAAGUGGCCCUCCAGGCUCCCGCACGUCAAGCAGGCUGGCAACAGGCUAGAACUACGUCCUCCGUACAGCACUUCAGAGUCCUUGCUCGUUGCGUUGCUGUCCAUACCCCACUGCGCCACGAUGUUGACUGGACUGGCCCGCAGCCCCCUGUCCACCAGGUCCUCUCGACCGCUCCCCUUCCCACCCCCCCUCUGCCGCCCCUCCCACCCAGCCAAGAUCGGUAUCGGUGACGGCCUGAUGGGGUCGCUAAAUCAAUCGGCGCGCUAGCUUGGCCACACAAAGCAGACCCAGAGCCGAACUUUUUUAUGAUCAAGAACUUUCUUCCCCUUCGAUCCAAGAUUCUGCACCCUCCUCUUCGCACCAACAACCCUCUUCCCAGAACCGCCGACUCGUGCCGGUUCAAUCUUCUUAUUCGAUCUCUUUAGCAGUACGCCUGUGCAGUGCCUCUUUCGAUCUCUACCCCAAGAAAAACGAGUACGUGGCGCGGCGCGGCACCUUCACCGUCCCUCUUUUGACCCCACCAUCACCUCACCUUCACCAACAAAAUC